AUGGUCGAUUAUUUGUCUGAGGACUUGGUGAUCAAAAUUCUGCUAAGAUUACCCAUCCUAUGUUUCAUCCGAUUCAGGUGCGUUUGCAAAUCUUGGUCUGUUCUUCUUUGUGACCCCAAAUUUAUUUAUAAAAAACUUCUUUUUGAUGGUGAAGAAGAUGAUCGUUAUUCUCAACAGCCCGUUCUUGUCAAACGUUACGAUCAAAAGACUAGGAAUUUUGUUUUCUCUUUUUUCUCUGGGUCGGGUAAAAUGUCUGCCAUUGAAGAGAUAACAUAUCCUAAAGAUAUUAUGAGAGAAAGCACCACAGAUCUUCCCUCUUUAUUAAUUGUCGGCCCUUGCUGCAAUGGCUUGAUUUGUCUUCGUGAUUUUUUUAACUUACGGUCUGAAUAUCAUUACUCUGAUUGUAAUAUGAUUUUGUGGAAUCCAUUAACCUCUGAUUAUAAAAUUAUUCCAGAAUCCGAUGCUUGGCUUCGGCCAGAAUCUUGCGAUUACAUUUCAUUGGAUAUAGUUGAAUUUGGAAUUGACAGAAGAAGCAGAGACGGUAAGAUAUUCAAGUAUUUUACUGUAGAUUACCCUGAUCAUCGCGAAAGAGUUGUUGAGAUAUACAGUAUGAACAAUGAUUCAUGGACUAAACUGGAUGAUGACGUUGUGUCUGUUGUAGACAUAUGGGAUCGUUCGGGGAAAUGUCAUAUUACAGGAGCAAAUGGUGAAUUUCAUUGGUGGGAUACAGAUUUAGAUAAUAAUUCUCGAAAUCAAAUUGUUUCUUUCGACUUGAGCGAUGAGAUAUUCAAAACAGCACCCAUACCAGAUGCUUUAAGUAUGGUGUACUAUAAAUAUCAUUUUGUUUUCACUAUUAAUGAUUAUGUUGCGGCGCUUCUUUCUCCUAAUAUUGCUCAUUUUAUAGAGGGCAUGGAUAUGUGGGUAAUGUUUGAAUAUGGAGUGGUACAGUCAUGGUCUAAACUCUUCACUGUAUCCUUCUCUUCCUGUGUUGAGCGACCAUUAGGACUGCUAAAAAAUGGGGAGGUUUUUAUUGCUACUGGCUGUGGCGAAUUACUUCUAUGGAACCCUAGUACGGAAGCAAUCAGCGACAUUCUAAUAGACGGAGUAUAUGAUUCCGUUCAAAUUGUCACUUUCAAUGGAGCAGUGAAUCAAGUUUGA